ACGCUACAAUGACUUCAUAAGUAAUAUAGAAUAAAGAACAGAUCUAUUUAAUAUUUACCUUGUGAGUUAUGAUGUAAGUUUAGCCCGCAAUUUCAUUUCUAUUUGAAUCUAAUUAUAAAAUUGUAAAUAAAAUACAAACCCAUGCCGAAAAUAAUCUCAUCUUUCAACAGUUUUUGUGAAACAAAUGAUGAAAAAGAUGUCAGACUCUUGUUGUAAACUGAAGUUCGCUGGAUUUCGAAAAGGAGAAUGACUGAACAUGAUCAACUAGAUCCUCUAGAGGAUGAAAACUCAGAAGUGGCUUCUGAUUCUUCGAGACCACAAAAACUGCUAGAGGUGGCAUCUCAUUGUUUGAAAACAGGUCUUUACACAGAUGUUACUUUUAUAGUUGGAGAAAGAAAAUUUCCAGCUCACAGACUAGUCAUGGAUUCUAUUUCUGAUUAUUUUAAAUCUUUGUUCAAAAUUGAUGAGAAUGAUAUUGGUGAGGUGUCACUGUCAUCCGUUUCUCCUGAAGAUUUUGGGAUCAUACUAAACUUUGCCUACACUGGAGAGUUGAAUAUCAAUGAAGACAAUGUGCAGAAUAUUCUCAUUGCUGCUGAUUUUUUUCAAGUUAAAUUUGUUAAGGACAAAUGUAUACAUUUUAUUGAAUCUCAUUUAGAAGUGGAAAAUGUGUGUGAUGUAAUUUUGUUUGCUAGAACCUUUUUGUUAAGUGACUUGGAGGAGAAAACUGUCAAAUUCUUAAAAGAAAAUCUGGACAGUGUAUCUCGGAACAAACGAUUUCCUGCAUUAGACCCUGAUUUACUGAUUCAACUUAUUCAAGAUGACAAUUUAAUUUUGUGGAGUAAUAAAGUACUACUUAAGUCAAUGGCUAGAGAAAGACUUGUCCUAAAUGCUGUCUUGAGAUAUAUGUCAGCCAGAAAGGAACUGGAUGAUAAUUAUCUUGAAAUGUUGAUGUGUUCUGUACGUCUUCCUGAAUUACCACUGAGUGUCAUAGAAGACUGUUUAUUAAACUUUGACUGCAUAAGGGAUAACAAUGUGAUUCAAAGGGUCAUCAAGCUGAGAGAAAAAGCAGUGAGAUAUUUGAACAAAAAAGCACGUGACAACUUUCAACUGACUGACCUCAGUAUAAAUGUCAGCAAUGUCCCAGAAAAUUGGUUCAGGGCAAGACACUUGCCUAAUUAUAUCAUCUCUACUGGACGUAGGCGCCAUGCCGCUGGGGGAGAAGUAGGCAGAUGUACUGGUCUUCCCAUCUCUUCCAUCAGUGACCCAAAUAGUGAGAUACACCGAAUUGAUAUCUGGGUGAGACAGUGGGAUGGCCACUCUGUAGUUGGAGGCCUGAAGUUGUCAUACAGAAACUCUGGUGGCUACAAGGAGUGCUCCAGGGGAGACUGUCACAGUUUAACCGAACAUUACUUUGUUGAAUUGGAACCAGAGGAAUUCAUCAUAAAGGUUGUCGUUGGAAGCGGUUAUCUCAUAGACAGACUAGGUUUUGAGACAAACUUAGGUCGAGUCUGUGGUCCAUUUGGUGGAAUUGGAGGUGGAAAAAACACAGAGAAAGCACCAGAUGGUUCAUUUUCCUACCUGUUUGAUAUUAACUGUGAUAGUGUGACUGCUCAAGGAUCAGAUGCUAUUCAUAAUCUCAUUCUUCGCUGGAUAACAUUCCAGUAGAUUAAUUAUGUUGAUUAAUAUAAGUAAAAAUUAGAAAAAUUUUAAAGUAAUAGAUAUAAUAAUAUAGCAUAAAAUGGAAAUAAAGAAAGAAAAGAAUGCAGUUCUGCUAAUCCAGCAGUUCUCAACCUUUUAAGCUCGGCGACCCCUUUUUACGAUUCCUCACUUUGCCGCGACCCCUCCCCCCUUACACACACACAGCAAUAGAAGAGUAGACAAUAACAAUCCAUAUUUUCGAUGGUCUUAGGUGACCCCUGGCAAAUCGUCAAUCGAUCCCCAAAGGGGUCGCGACCCACAGGUUGAGAACCCCUGUGCUAAUCAUUUACUUCUUUUCAUUUCUCGACUUUUACUUUUCCCAGACAGUAAUGUGUAAUAGUUUUAUUACUAUACUAUCUAGAACCCACUUUAUUAAGUAAAAUAACAUCUGUAGUUAUAAUAUCCAAUCCACAGACAAAUAUUGGUGGUAAUAGAAUGUAUUAUGCGUGACAACUUUUGUAUAAGUUCAUUUUGAUAAAGAUUUUAGAUUAAACCAAAUUUGCAUAGCUAGUUUCUGUCACUUUGUACCUAAAAAUAGUUAUGCUUUUCCAUACAUGUUAUUAGCACUAUUAUUAUUUAAUCAGUAGUAUUUCAUUUUUUAAUAAAGUUUUAGUUAAUUUGUUCUCCUCCUAUUUAAAAAAAAGCAUAUUACAAAGUUAUACAAUUGUACAACUUACAUUCUGGAAAUUAUUUUAACUGGUUAAUUAAAGAUAGAAAAAUGAGAGAUUAACACUACUAGUAAAUGGUGUAAACACAUGCAAACACCAAUAAAUAAUGAGUACAUCAUAGCAUGUUAUUAAAACAGUCUGAUUGUUAAAGGUGUCUCAUGUUCAAUUCCAAGAAAUCCAAUGAAAUUAUUGAAAUACAUUUUUUUUUCUGGAAAUCCUUAUAUUGGCUGCUGUUAAUUAAUAUUUAAUAGAUAAUCUCAGUUUGUUAACAUAAACUUUCAAUGACCACUUUGUUCUAAAAAAAUUUAAUCCAUAUUGAGAUUUGUUCUAAAUUAUUUGGUUUUUGUUCUGCAGUGAGAUAGAACAACUUUGGAUUCCAGAAAAAUUUUUGUUAUACUAAUUUUUAGUUCAAGUGAAUAAAAAAAAAAUAAAAAAUUCAUCUAGUAUUGUAAUUCAAAUCACUUUGGUAUUUGAAAAAAAAAUUUUAAAAAAUCUCUAAUACAUGUAUAUAUAAGUAUUUUAAUUAAAAUUUCACUUAUACUAUUUCUUCUUGUCAUAAAUAGGAAUAUAAUUUUCUCAUUUCUUUUCACAUAUAUUGCUAGUGGUGAAGUUUUCUAGAAUGACACAUCACAAUUAUAACUGAUCUUAAUGUACAUUUUUUUCACACACAUUGUAUUUUGAAUGAAAGGAGUAGCUAUUUUUUAUCUGUCUGCACCUCAUAUUAUCAUUAAUUCUUUUAUAAUGCUUUCUUUAAUUUAUCAGCUACAUUAUAUUAUUAUUAUUAUUAUAUUUACAUGUUCAUUUUAAGUUAUUUUGAUAGAAAUCUAUUUCACAAGUUUAAAAAGUAUUUGGACCUAUAAAACUGCCAGGCAAUAGGAAAUGAAUAUACUAAAGAGCAGAACUGUUAGCCCAUCUAGCAAUUACAAAUUGAUAUGUGUAGUAUUAUUCAAUUCACUUUUUUAUUCACUUAUUUAAAACUAUUUAAAUAAAUUAACAAAAGUUUAAUUGACCAACUUGGAUAAUUAAAUUGGAAGGAAUAUUUGUAUUCAAACAAUUUAAGCAUUAACAUUAUUAUAAUUAUAACUGUUUCAUUAAAUUUUUGUAGAACAUUAUUUUUUUUAAAUGAAUAUCUU